AUGGCAAUGAGGCGGACUGACGGGGCGACGGGAGUGUCAAAGUUGCCUCAACGCUCCCCACGGGCGCGGCGUCUGGCGUCGCUAGAGGACGGCGUCGUGCAGUCGCUUGCCGAGGACCAGGCGCUCCUUGUAGAGAGCGUAAUUAGGGUAUAUCACGCGCUGGUGGACGCGAGCCCGCUGCUGGCGUUGGAGCGGCGGCGGGGGNAUUAG